UUUUGUGUACAAAAAGUGUCUUGUAUGGAGAUUCAGGAAAAUCCAAAGAAACUCAGUCACAAGGAGUGGCGAAAAUGUGCCAAAAAGGUUCGUCGGAAGAGGAUCCGUCAGAGUCGAGCUCGGGAAAGGGAUAAAAAAGUGGCUGAGGAGGAGAGCAGGAAAUUAAAAGAUCCCACCUAUCUCACAUGGUUGGCAGAACAGCGAGCCCUGGAAUUGUUCCAGGAAGAAGAGGAAGAAAAUCAACGGAAAGAGAACCACAGAAAAUGGCUGGAAGCUGAGCUAGAGGCUCAAAGGGCUUUCCGGGAGCUCAAAGAGAAGCUCGACAGAAUAGAAAUGGAACGUGCCAGGGAGAAAACAAGAAUCAGGGAAGAGUACAGAGCUGAGCAAGAAAGGAGAAAGAAGCUCAAGGAAGAACAGAAGAGAAUUGCCGAAGAAAAGCGACGGAAUCAUGAGAUUCUUCUGCAAAAGAUUGAAGAGUAUGUCUCAGGAGAAAGAGAUUUGCCUCCAGAAUUGCUUGAGACAGCAGAAACAAAUCCCGACAGACCUCAGUGUCCAUUUUUCGGAAAAACCGGGGCAUGUCGCUUUGGCGAUCAAUGUAGCCGAAAUCACUCCCGGCCAAACAUCAGCACAGUCAUUCUCAUUCCCAACUUCUUCAGCCACAUCCUGCUCGAGCAGUUCAGAAGCACAGAAUAUGGCAAUGAUUCUUCCCUGGAAUACGACGACAGAGAAAUGGAAGGGGACUUUAAGGAGUUCUAUGAUGAUGUCGUUCCGGAAUUUGAACACUUCGGAAGCAUCAAGAACUUUUUCGUCUGCAAAAAUACGGAGGCUCAUUUGAGAGGAAACGUUUACAUUGAGUACAAAAGCAGAAGGGAUGCAAUGAAAGUCUACCAGAAAUUCCAAGGAAGAUUCUACGGUGGGAAGCAACUCAAUGUCACAUUCCGGACAAUAAACUCCUGGUCAACGGCUAUUUGUGGUUUGUCAUUUCUGAGAAAAUGCCCCAAAGGUAGCACGUGCAGUUUUCUACACAUCUUCAGGAAUCCCGAUGCCAAAUAUUGCUACUCGUGGAGGCGAGAUCGCCGGGAUCAUUGGCACUCUGAACGAUCAGAAGAAAAGAGAACACCAACAAAAACGCCAAAGAAAAGCGAAAAUGGUGCAAGCUGUUCCUGGAACGACGACGAAGAUGGCAAGAAAAAUUGGCGAUGGUCUGGGAGUUCAGAAAGUGAAUCUUCAGACACAGAAAAGGCCAACAGAUCCAAAUCACAAAAGCAAGACAGACGAUAUCGUAAAUCACGUCUUGUGUCCCAAUCACGCUCAUCCAGCGAUCGCAGAGGUCACAGUCGAACGCGUCAGCACAAUUGAUACAAAUAAAUAAAAAGCAUUGAACAAUAUUUUUGCAUAAA